AUGUCAACGUACUAAAAAUUUGGGACUAAGUAUUUUGGUUUCACUCCUUCACUAAAAUUUUGCCCGCUCUAUCACUCCAUCGUUUCACCUCUUUCAUCACUAAUUUUUUCACAAUUAAUUUCUCUUCAUCUCUCUUCUCCAUUGUUACGACUGUUAUAGGCUCAGAUCUGAAGAGAUAAUAACUACUGUUGUAGGCUCGGAUACUAAAUCGAAGGCGAAGAGUUCAUUCGGUGUUCGAUCGAAGCCAAGAGGAAGAUUUUGGUAUUUGAGUCAAACUUUAGAUCCUCACAUUAUUUUCUGCGAGUUUGAUAUGGUCUAGUUAUUAAAUGAAACUGAAUAAAAUUUUAUAACAAAUUAAAUGUAUAUAUUCUUUGGUUGUGGAGCUUCGGUGUUGCUGUAACAUGGACAAGUCUUGGGUUUGGCUUCAAAGCAUUGAGUAUGAGCAAGGAGCAACUGAGUUUGUUAAUGCAGCAGCAAGGAAGUUGGGUUAUCCUCCCACCAUGUUUUGUCCAUGUAUUGAAUGUGUGCCAUCAACCAGCAGAUACAGUAAUUGAUCAUCUAGUGAUUAGGGGUAUGGAUCAGAAGUAUAAGAGGAAUUCAUGGUGAUAUUAGGGAUAAGAGAGAUGAUGUUCCGAGUCCAGUACUUGAAGCUUAUGAGUUGUUUAGAACAACUUUUUAUGACGAUGAGGAAAAAUUACAGUCUAGGAACGACAAUGGAGAUCAAAUGGAGUUCAGCCGGAUGUUGAAAGUAAAGAAGAUUUAGAGUUUAAGAAGAAGUUAAACGAUGCUGAAACUCCACUCUAUGGUAGUUGUCCUAACUAUACCAAAGUUUCUGCAAUAAUGGGUCUUUACAGAAUCAAAGUGAAGAGUGGGAUCUCGGAGAACUAUUUCAACCAGCUGUUGCAAAUGGUACACAACAUGCUACCUGAAGAUAAUGUCCUUCCAACAUCCCUAGAUGAGAUGAAAAAGUUCUUGAAGAUAUUUGGUUUUGGGUAUGAUAUGAUUCACGCAUGCAAGAAGGAUUGCAUCUUUUACAGGAAGGAAUAUGGAGAUAUGAAGAGCUGCCCUAGAUGUAGUGCUUCUAGAUGGGGAUUGGAUAAGCACACAAGUGAGGAAAAGGAAGGGAUCCCAGCUAAAGUCCUUAGGUAUUUCCCAAUAAAGGACAGAUUCAGAAGAAUGUUUAGAUCAAAAAGAAUGGCUGAACAGUUGAGGUGGCAUUUCCGUAAUGCUAGUACUGAUGGAACAAUGCGACACCCUGUAGAUUCAUUAACUUGGGCCCAAAUAAAUCAUCAAUGGCCAGAGUUUUCUGCUGACUCGAGAAACCUACGACUCGGUCUAUGUACAGAUUGUGUGAAUCCGUUUGCUAUUCAGAACACGAAGUACAGUACGUGGCCAGUAUUUCUAGUGAACUACAACAUGCAUCCGACAUUGUGUAUGAAGGAAGAAAAUAUAAUGUUGAAUCUACUGAUUCCUGGACCAACUGCACCGAGCAACAACAUCGAUGUGUAUCUUCAGCCACUGAUAGAUGAUCUAAAGGAUCUAUGGAAUGAAGGUCUUGAGGUUUACGACUCAGUAUCUAAGGAGAAUUUCAUACUUAAAUCUAUGCUGUUAUGGACUAUCAGUGAUUUUCCAGGGUUAGAGACACUUGCUGGUUGUAAAGUGAAAGGUAAACAAGCAUGUAAUGUCUGUGGAAAGGAUACACCAGAUAGAUGGCUGAAGUUUAGUCGAAAACAUGUUUAUAUGGGCAAUAGGAAAUGGCUCAGACCCGGGCAUCCUUAUAGAAGAAAAAAAAAUGGUUUGAUAAUUCUGUGAAAGAAGGGCAAGCACGUAGAAUUCAGACUGGUUCUGAAUUAUUUGAGACACUCAAAGAUUUUAGAAAUGAUUUUGGAAGACGGUUAGAGAAUAAAAGCAAAAGGAAAAGAUAUGAGGAGGGUGAUAAUAAGGAGCUUUCACAGGAAGAAUGUGAAGAAGAGUCUGAUAAGUGGAGGUGGAAGAAGCGGUCUAUUUUACUUCGAACUACCUUACUGGAAGUAUAUGCCGGUGCGACACAACAUAAAUGUAAUGCAUGUAGAGAAGAAUGUUUCUGAUGCCAUGUUAUCAAUUAUGAUGCAAAGUGCAAAAUCAAAAGAUGGCUUGAAAGCAAGACAAGACCAGGAAGACAUGGGGAUUAGAAGCAAUCUACAACAGAAGUACGUGACAAGAAAAAUUACUUACCACCUGCUGCUUAUUGGCUCUCAAAGGUAGAGAAAACAAAAUUUGCAAGAGGUUGUCUAAUUCAGAGGUCCCGAUGGCUAUUGUGAAAAUAUUGCUAACUGUGUUUCAGUUGAUCCUCCUGUAAUUGGUGGUUUGAAGUCUCACGAUCACCAUGUUCUUCUGCAUCACCUUUUACAUGUUGCUUUGAGAGGCACUCUGCCUAAAGGUCCUAGGAUAGCCGUGAAUAGAAUAUGCAACUUCUUUAAUAGAUUGUGUCAGCGUGUCAUUGAUCCUGAGAAGCUUUUAACAUUAGAGGCAGAGGUUAUUGAGACAUUGUGUCAACUAGAGAGGUUCUUUCCACCAUCUAUGUUUGAUAUCAUGUUCCACCUUCCUGUACAUCUUGCAAGAGAGGCACGUUUAGGUGGGCCAGUACACUUUAGAUGGAUGUAUCCCUUUGAGAGGUACAUAAAAACAUUAAAGUCGUAUGUAAGAAACUAUGCUAGGCCAGAAGCUUGUAUGGCUGAGGGAUAUUUAGCUGGAGAAUACGUUGCAUUUUGUUUGGAGUUUCUGCAAAAUUCAGUCCCAGUUGAGGAAGAAACCAAACGUAAUGAAGAUAUUGAAACAGAUCCACUCAUUCUUGAAGGUCGUCCCCUACAAAGGGCUACAGACGUUAGACUCACUGAUAAAGACAGAGAAAUAGCGCAUAGAUAUGUUCUAAUAAAUACUGCAGUUAUGAGUCCCUAUGAUGAUAUGCAUUUAGAAGAGUUGCAGAACACUGACAUGCGAUGCAGAAAAAAUGAAACUCACCUAUGGAAGAUGCAUGGGGAAAGGUUUUCACAGUGGGUAAAAGCAAAGAUCCCCACUAACUCAAAGGCUCAUUCCACCAAGCUUAGAUGGUUAGCAUUUGGACCAAGGAGUAUAGUUCAGAGCUAUAAGGGGUAUAUUAUUAAUGGACAUCGGUUUCACACGGAGGACAUAAAGCGGAAGACUCAAAAUAGUGGAGUCACAUAUUAAGCUUUCACCAUGUGCAGAUCGACCGCACGAGAUACUAAUCAGAUGGCUGAUAUAGUUUCGUAUUAUGGAGUGAUACAAGAAAUCAUAUUGCUAGACUACCACAUGUUCCAAGUUCUAUUAUUCAAAUGUAAAUAGGCCAACAAAGGGAAUGGUGUGAAGGAAGAAGACGGCUUUACGCUUGUGAACCUACAUGUAAACCAAUCAGCAUUUAGUCAAGUUCCGUAUAUUUUGCCAUCCCAAGCAAAACAAGUGUUCUAUUCCCAAGAAGAAGACUCCUCACCUUGGUAUGUAGUUAUGCGGGCACAACCAAGGGGGUAUCACGAGUUAGAGACAGAAGCAGAUUUUUUUGCUGCACCAUCAAACAUCCAAGAGAUUGACGAUUCAGAGAAUUUGUCUUCUGACGAUGAGAGUCUAUAUGUUAGGGAUGAUUGCGAAGGAGUAUUAGUGAUGGAUUAAGAAGAUUUAUCACUUUUAGAUGUAUAGAGUGACUAUUAAUUGGCUUAUUGAUAGUUUAUUAUUAUUAAUGUUACAGUUGAUCCAAGAUGAAUAGACGUAGCAAGCGUCAGCAAGGCUUGGAAGUGUCUCCCAUCGAAGUGAUAAAAGCCUGACCAAGGAAGAAAGUUCCAGAAGUUGCUGAAAGUUCCAGAAAGGAUGAUGAGGAGGUUGAAACAAGACCGGUGCAGCAUUCAACAGAACAAGUGAUUGAGGAUGAAGGACACGAACAAGGGCAAGAGGAAACUGAACAGACUGAGCAUCAGUCCACUGAAGAUUGUCAGACCCAGCAGUCAGAAACAAAGAAGAGGAAAACAAGAGGACCAACAAAGAUGAAUCAAGUGGCUAAAAAACAUGAAGAGAAGGUUCAAGUUGAAUUUACACGUCUUGGUGAACAUGUAGGGAAAGGCUCAGUCACACUUUCCUCCUUUCUUGGACCACUCGCGAGGGAGCACAUACCAUAUACUCUGUCAGAUUGGAGGCACCUUGAUGAGCAAACGAAAUACACCUUAUGGGAGGAAAUCCAGGCGAGGUUCGAUGUGUCAAAAGAUUGGCAAAAAGAUUGUAUUUUCAAACAAAUGGGGUCUACAUGGAGAGCUUCUAAGUCUAAGCUUCUUACCAAAGUGCGAUCAGCAAAGAGUAAACAACAUGUCCUUAACUUGAAACCAGACAACAUCCAAUCUGUGACAGCUUGGACAAACUGGGUUAAGAGUAGGACAUCCACGUCUUUUAAGGCAGUUAGUGAAAAAUAUAGGACUUUGAGGUGGAAUCAGAUACCUCACACCACCAGCCGAAAAGGAUUGGUUUGCCUUGCUCAUGAAAUGAAGAAAAAGAGUUCUGACCCUAGCAAGGUAACAAGAAGUCAAGUCUGGGUAGCAGGACAUACACAUGCAGAUGGGAGACCUUUUAAGCCAGAGUUUGAAGUUGUUAUUGAAAAAAUAAAAACAAUAGAUAGUCAGAUGGACACUACUAGUAGUAUCCGAGAUGAUGUUGUGAGUCAAGUAUUGGGAAAAGAUAAAUCUGGGAGAGUUAGAGGAAUGGGCAGAGGGAUAACUGCUACCAAGCUAGCAUUCAUAGAGGCUAGAGACACACAUGUGGAAAAGCUUGAAGCAACCCAAGCAGAAUUGCUCAGCCAGGUUCAAGACCUACAAAAUGUAGUGCAUGGCUUAGCUGCAGGGAAAAGGCUUGAUGACAGUUGCAACACCGAGUCCAGUACUGUUAACAUUGGAGGACCACAGUGUCAGCUGUUGGAAUGGUAUUCAAAGGUUGAGGUUGUUGUCGGUGAAGCAGAAUUCUGCUCUGCUGAUCCAAUGUACAAUAUUGGACGUAUUUCACUUGGUCCCAAUGCAGCAGCUGUUACGGUGAAGUCUGUAUCAAACAAAGAAACAUCCCUCUGGAGGCUUACACCAACUAUGACUUCACUUGGCGACGCAGUUGGAUGCAAAGUUGCAUGGCCCUUUAGUAAGAUAAUUCUGGACAAUAUGGACUCACCAGAUGGAAUUAAGACUGCUAGUUCGUCGGCACCAAAUGCAUUAGAUGAUAUGAUCCUCAUUUUUGAUUGGAAUUCGGAGGAUGAACUCAUUGCUGAGGGUAGUUUGGUUUCAACUGACCCAAAAGAACUGGUCAACAAUAUUACUUUGGGUCCAAAUUCUGCAAUUGUGAAAGUUUGUAAAGUGGUUAAGAAAGACGCUUUUCUAUGGAGACCGAGUGUUGACAAGAGUCUCAUGGGUGAUGUCCUAGAGGAGAACAUCGCAUGGCCUAUUCAUAAGAUACAGCUCAUUCAACCACAGUCCGGCAAUGAACCUGCAGUUUCAAAAAACUCAUCACCUAAGAGUACUAGUGUUAGUUUAAGUAACAACACCAACACCAUCAACGGUGGAAAGACGAAAUGCAUUCUCUUAGAUUGCUCUGGAACAAGAGAAAAAGUUGCAGAAGGCAGAGUUUGUUCUACAAACCCAUCAUAUGUCGUCCAUUUUGUUCCAUUGGGUGCUAAUGCUACAAAGGUUUGGGUAGAAGUUUCUAAGGUUGGAGAUGCACCAGUCUGGAGACCAAAUUCAGAAAUCGAGAUCAUUGCUGAUGCAUUAGGUACUAUAGUGGCUUGGCCAAAUGACAAAAUUGUUUUUAUCUGAAACAUUGUCUUUGUGACUGUACUAGAACUAGUUAUCAAAUGUGGCUUUUCUUAAUAACUUGUUAUGUUUUCGUUUGAAACGUUGUCAGCUGUGGCUUGGCUUAUUAAUAACAUGUCUUU